CAUCUACAAGUGGUGUUUGUUUGCCACUUUGCCUUUGAUUUGACGAAACAGAAUAUUCAAAAUUAUUCAACAAAAUUAACAAAACAAAAAAAACAAUUAAGAAUCCCCAAUGAAAAUUAUUCUAUAAAAAAAAGUUAAGAAUCUGAAUUAUGUUAUUUUAUUCAUUAAUAAAUAUGCAUAGCUCUCCGAGUAAACGAAACCGAGAAGAAAAUCAAUCUCUUCGUUUCACUCUCGAAACCAAAUUAUUUUCUUCUCUAUUUCACUAUUCACCCUUCCUUUUUCUCAUUUUAAUUUCAAUUUUUGUUGUUGCAACAUAUCUAUUUGAUUUCACUACUCGUUUGUUUCUUGUUUUCUGUUUUCGUUUUUGUUGUUUUUGUUAUAUCUUUCGCUUCACGUGAAAGUGAAGAACUUAUCUAAAGCUUGCUCGUAUAAAAAUAACAAAUUCAGUUCUACUCGUUCGAAUUCGGUCAUUGUAACGUGUGAAAAAGAAGAAGAAAAGAAAUGGUCCAUAAGAAAAUAAGAUUCAUAUUAUGGGUACUAUUGUUGUUGUUGGGUUGUUUUGUGAUUGUUUCCGGUGAGAGAAAGUUUGUGAAAAUUCAAGUACCAAGUUUUAAUGUUACUUCUAUGAUUCAAGAACAAGAACACAGUUUUCUCAGAAAAGCUGUUAAUUUCUUAUGGAAAUCUGAUGGAUCGGGUUAUACGCACGUGUGGCCGGAAAUGGAAUUUGGGUGGCAAAUUGUGUUGGGUUCUUUUAUUGGAUUUUGUGGAGCUGCGUUUGGGAGUGUUGGAGGAGUUGGUGGUGGUGGUAUAUUUGUUCCUAUGCUUAGUCUUAUUAUUGGUUUUGAUCCUAAAACUUCUACGGCUAUUUCUAAAUGUAUGAUAAUGGGUGCAGCUUUGUCAACUGUUUACUACAACCUUAGACUAAGACAUCCUACCUUAAAUAUGCCAAUAAUUGACUAUGAUUUGGCACUUCUCAUUCAACCUAUGCUCAUGCUUGGUAUCAGCAUUGGAGUGGUCUUCAAUGUUGUGUUUCCUGAUUGGAUGGUCACUAUAUUGCUCAUUAUUCUUUUCUUAGGCACAUCAACAAAAGCAUUCUUUAAAGGGAUGGAGACAUGGAAUAAGGAAACCAUAAUGAAAAAGGAGGCUGCUAGGAGACAAGAAUCAACUGGUUCAGGAGAAUACAAAGCUCUUCCAACUGGACCAGAUGUUGCCACUGAAAAGGAAGACACCAAGGUGUCUAUGUUUGAAAAUGUUUACUGGAAGGAGUUUGGGCUACUAGCAUUUGUUUGGGUUUCAUUUCUUGCGUUACAGAUUGUUAAGCAAAACUACACGACUACGUGUUCUACUGCAUAUUGGGUACUGAACUUGUUGCAGAUUCCGGUCUCGGUUGGGGUAACUGCGUACGAGGCAACUGCGUUGUUCACAGGAAAAAGAGUAAUAGCUUCUGUUGGUGAUCAAGGGAAAGAAUUUACAGUUAUUCAGUUAGCCAUCUAUUGUGUCUUCGGCAUGUUGGCCGGUAUAGUCGGUGGAAUGCUGGGACUAGGAGGCGGGUUCAUUAUGGGUCCACUUUUUCUUGAGCUUGGUGUUCCUCCUCAAGUGUCGAGCGCGACAGCCACGUUCGCGAUGACAUUCUCCUCGUCUAUGUCUGUCGUGGAAUACUACUUGCUCAAACGAUUUCCGGUUCCUUAUGCUCUUUACUUAAGCCUGGUGGCUACUAUUGCGGCCUUGGUUGGACAACAUAUUGUGAGAAGGCUUAUCAUAUUAUUUGGAAGAGCUUCUCUUAUCAUCUUUAUUUUAGCCGGCACAAUAUUUAUCAGCGCGGUCUCACUAGGUGGAGUUGGCAUUUCAAAUAUGGUGCACAAGAUUGCAAUGCAUGAAUAUAUGGGAUUUGAGAAUAUAUGCAAGUAUGGGUCAUAGCACUUUUGGGAAGAUUAUUUUUUUAGUGUGUUUACAUUAUAUUCAAGUUAGGCCAAGAGCUAAGGUUUUCAAGAUUAGAUUUUGUAUUCUGUUAGAAGGUGUAAUUUGUAUUAUUAUUGCCGAGUCAUGUAGUGAUUAUGUAGGAAACUCAUAAACUUAGAUUUAUUCACCCUCUUCAAGUCAUUUAGAUUUUUUAAGGCUUAUGUGAUGUGACUCUUAUUGUGUCAUUCAAUGAAAAUUUGACAAUAA